AUGGCCAACAACUUGGCAUUCAAGGCGGUUGUUGACGUGAAACUUGUUUAUUUGCUUAACUUUAUCUUACUAACGGUCAUGCAGCCGGUACGAACUGCUUUUGAAGGGCAUCAUGAACGAGACACCCGGUGGCCACGAGGAUCAAAUACUGAUGGCGCGUGUAUAUAUGCCUCGAAUGCCAUUCGCAAGAAGUUAAAGGCUCUGAACUUGUUACUACUAUCUAGCCAGUUAGAUGCCGUCGCAAGUCGAGUGGAGACUGCCGUCACGAUAAGACAGGUGACUGAGAACAUGACCUCCGUGGUCAAGGGCAUGGACAAAGCAAUGGAUAACAUGAAUCUUGAACGGAUGAUAACCGUAUCGACCCAAGUAGACACUCUCAUGCGGCAGAUGGCGGAAGAGCACGAUCUCGCAGUGAAAGAUCUAUCUGGUGUUCCAUCUCUGACUACAAAAAGAGCAUUGGCUAGGAAGACGAUUAAACUAGCGGAAAGACUGAGAGCUCUGAGACCGGCGGCAUAA